UGUCCGAUGUGCAGCUGUAGCGGAGUUGAAGUGACACGUAAGAGGGGAGAUUGGGAAAGGCCCUGGAACUUUUUCUGCCGUGCAGAAUAAAACGCGAAUUGAUAGUUUUGGUUAUGAAAGCAGCGUUUUGCUGGAACCCGAAGAAAUACCAAGCCGUGCACGAUUUCCAACAACCUCUUCAUUUCCAAAAUUGGAUCAGAGACUCUUUUUGUUGGGCUUUGCCACUUGUAAACUGGGACGGAUUCUCAGCGUCAGAAAAGAGCUAAAGUUACAGGAAUGCCUCUCAACAUCUGAUUACUGAGCCCUAACAUUUUCUGUCAUUGAAAAUAAACUGUGAACUGGAUUGUGUGCGUGUGUAUUUGCGGGGAAGCCCCCCCGGAACUCUUCCAAAAGUGCUCGUUUUGGAGAAAAACGAGAAAGGAAAAAUGGGGAAUAGCAUGUGUUCCAGGAGACAGAAAAAGAUUUUUCAAACUUUGUUCUUCCUUACAAUAGUUUUUGGGUUUCUCUAUGGUCUGUUACUAUAUUAUGAAAUGCACAAUCAGUUAAAGAAGGCGGAAAAUCUGGCGUUAAAGUACCAGCAGCACCAGGAGGCUUUAUCUGCACAAUUGCAAGUUGUUUAUGAACAUAGAUCAAGAUUAGAAAAAUCAUUACAGAAAGAGAGAAAUGAACACAAAAAGGCUAAAGAAGAUUAUUUGGUUUAUAAGUUAGAAGCACAAGAAGCCUUGAACAAAGAAAAGCAGGAUUCCAAUAAUCGGUACAGUGCACUCAGUGUACAGCACAAAAUGCUGAAGAGUCAGCAUGAAGAUCUGAGGAAACAGUUUGCUGAACUACAUGGGGAACAUAUAAGGCUUGGAGAGGACCAUGGUCGAGCAAUGAACGAGCACAAUCGGCGAUAUCUGAAUCUGCAGCAAUCAAAGGAACAGGAAGUUGCUAAACUGAAAGAAAAUAUUUACAACCUACUCGAUGAGAACAAAAAGUUGCGGAAGGCCCAUCAAGACGUUCAUGUUCAGCUUCAGGAUGUGAGGCAAUUACACAAGAACUUAUUGUUGCAACAUGAUCAGCUCCAGGUGACUUUAGAAGACCACAAGAAUUCCCUCUCAGUUGCCCAGGCUCAAGUAGAAGAAUACAAGCAACUACGAGAAACACUAAACAAAAUGCCCAGCCUGAGGCAAACUGAAGAAAGGCCACCUUCUCUCAAUGCAGAGAAAUCACAACAGGGAGACCAGGACCAGGGUCCAUAUAGGGCUGAAGAGGAAAGACAUGUUGAGAGAGAAGGUGGCCUGUCACAUGUUAAGCCAAUGAUAGAAGAGAAUGAGAUCUCUAAAACAAGAGAAGAUAAUGAAGAAGAACCAGAGAAGCGAUAUCCUCAACAUGAAAACUGGCACAGGAAUCCACUGCCAGGGCAUUUAGAUGUGGACCAGGAUGAAAAUGAAGGACAGGAGCAUCAUCGUGAGUGGGGUGAGGAAGAGAGAGAAGGUCAUAUAGUGGAUCAGGCAAGAGCAAAUGGACAACAUCAAGAGGAAGAGGAAACUGAAAAUCAUCUGAAUGAAGAUCACGAAAAUGGGAAUGACCAUGGAGGAGAACAAAAUCUCUCCACAAACAGUCCUAAUAAGAAGAAAUACAGAUCCUUGUAUGAGGAACAGUUGGAACAGCAACGUCUUGCAGAGCUGCGGGAAGAAGAAGCACGUAGACUGAAGGAGAGGCAGGAUGCGUUGCACCAGCAGAGACUGCGGGAGUACAUGCAUCGGCAGCAACGGCUCCAGCAGGAAGCAGAGCACAAGGAAGAAUUGUUGCGGCAAGAACACUUAAGGCGGCAGUCGGAUUUCCGUGACGAUAAUGCUGUUACUGAAGCUGAAGAUGAGCAGGAUAUGCAAGAAGAGGAAGAGGCUGAUGAUGAGAACAAUCCACGCGAGGAAACUGAAGAUCGGGACCCAGAAAUUGUAAAUGACCAACAUCAAGCAGAACACAAAGCUAUCAAUCAGCAGAUUGAUCGAAAUCCUGAUCAGCAGGAGGAUAAUCAGGAUGAACAGUACCAGGAUGAGGGAGAGGAAGAGGCAGAUGAGAAGGAAGGGGAGGCAAAUGAACAGGAAGAAGAGUCAAUCGUUGAAGAUACCAAUCAUGGAGAGGAGAGAGAGGAUGAAAAUUAUGAAGAAGAAGAGGAAGAAGAGGAGGACGGAGAAGCACUUGCAGCAAAGACAAAUCAGCGGGCAGAAAUGUGACUUCGUUACAAUUGAUUUCUUAUUGUUUUUGUUUCAUUAGCCAAUUUAAGUCAAACAAGCCAGUCCUUUAUAUAUAUUUUCACACAAAUAUAUUUAAUAUGGUGUUCUUUCAGGUUAAUUUAAAUUUGGAGAUAUUUAAAGGUGAUGUAUUAAAGCCUUUUGAUGUAAUAAAGACAUGGCAUUCAGAUUAUAUAUAAUUUAUAAAAGCUUCAAGUUGAAUGGAUGGUCCAUAACAAGUUCAUGGUAAGCUUUUUCAAAUAUUGAAAUGUGGAUCAUAUGUUAGGUGUUCUAUUGUGUGUGCUCUGCAUGAGAUAAUUAUUUUGAAGCAAAGCCAAUUAUAACUUAAGCAACGAUUGAAAACUUCUGGUUAACCCAUCUUAUUUUCACCAGGUAUGAUAUUUAGCAACCUUACGGUAGUUGUUAUUUGUUAUACAUUGGAGAUGAAGAGGCAUCUUCUGCACUGUGCAUAGUGGGUAGGUGAUGAUUUUGUGCAAUAGUAUAAAAUUGGUGAUAUUAUUUUCUUCUGAUGCCUAAUUCCAAUAGUCAGUAAACAAGAAAGGUGUUAAAUGGGAAGUAGAUAUAUGAUAAACCAUUUUACCCUUUCACAGAAAAUAAAAUCUAUGUCACUGUAUUUAGAAUGGUUGGUUAAAGUUAACAUUGACUAUUUAACUCUUUAUAAGCCACAAAACAAAAAUAUUCAUGCAGAUCCUUUCUUUGUAUGAAUCAUAAUCUUAGUUUGUCCAUAUUAUUCCGUUGGAAGGUGACUUUCCAAUCAAUAAAUAUUUAUUAAGAUUGAACAAAGUACAAAGAAACUCAUGCACAAAGAAUUCAAGAACACACACUAAAUACUAGAGGAAUUCAGCAAGUUCCGCAAUGUCUAGAGAGGAGAGUAAACGGUCAACAUUUUGGAUCAAAAAUCUUCAUUACGACUUAUAUUCAAUGAAUUAUCCUGUAUAUCUUUCACAUAUUGUCUAAAAGGAAGUAUGUUGCUUUUAUAGAAGUAUUUUGAAAAUUAAUGAUAUUAACUUGACAAUCAAGAAGCUUUAACAUUACAAAUACGGUAGCAAGGGAGUUUGUAAGAUAGGAGAAUAGAAAUAUUUAAAACUAAACCAUGAAUUGUACCAAGUUGCAAUUUGAAGCUUUUAAAAUUAAGCUGCAAAAUUAUGCUUUUCAAUAUCUAGAUGGCGGAAAUGUCAAUAACUGCAGAAUGUUUGCUUUUCCUUAUGGUUUUCAAUAAGCUUUGGGAAGCAUUCAUAAUUUGCAUUGAAUCAACAAAUACUUGUUUGUGUCAUUGAAACAAAACAAUGGAUAUUUUCGCUGUGAGUAUUGUAAGAACAAGGUCACAGUUACAUGACAUUUACAACAUAGAAAAUGGCCAGAUGAACGAGCAGGCCGGUGCCUGUGUUCCAUUUCAUAUAAUCCUCUUCUCUGAAAUGCAUCAAUGAUAGCCACCUCAAAUAAUUUUUCUCCUUGCAAAUUCCACUUUCUAACUACUUUCCAUAGUAAAGGUUCCUUCUAAUAUCCAUAUUCAUUUUAUUCAGUGAUAAACUUUUAUCCUUGACCUGUGACUCUGCUCACCCCAUUGUGGAACUAUCAGCCCAGAUGCUAUCUUGUAGCACACUAGCUAUGUGCUCUUUACAGCAUAUUUUUUUUACAAGCUCUUCAUACAAAAUGUACCAUUAGGUAAUGUCUUUAAAUUAGAGGCUGUUUCUACAUAUGUACAGUGCAUACCUGUACGGAGGACACCUAAUAGGCUUAGUCACCUGAAAUGUUUUGAUAUCACUAAGUAUUAGUUUGCACAUAUGAGACCUUCCUGAAGAAGGCCUUAACUGGAAGAUUGAAUUCAGCUUUCUAAAGAUGGCCCAACUUUAUUUAAUUGACUGAAGAGGAAACAAAGGUUCUUUCAGGUCAGACCUCCCCUAUUUUCACUGAAAAAAUCUCUGCCCUCCAUGCCUUUUUGAUUGACCACUGACACCUGGUUGCCUGUUUGACUAUUCACUAAACCCAGCCCAAACAGAAAUGACUGCAGCCUGAUUCCUCAACCACUCCAUCCCUCUCUCUCUACAUUCCUUGGCCCAAUGCUCUUUUUUAUGCUUAUGUCCGUUCUAUCACAAUCAUAUUCAGCAGGGCUGUUAAGCCCCCUAUUUGCAAGUAAACGGUCUCUGCUAUACAACAUGUACAAUUCGAUUUUUACAUCAACUCAUCAGAUGUGGGGAAAAAAUCUGGUCCAUCUUCUCUGCCUCUACUUCCGAAGUCUUUCAUAAUUGGAAAGGUCAUUAGUCUCCUCUCUUUAGAAACCUAUUUUUUUUAUUGCUAUACAGCACAGAAUAAGCAUUUCUAGCCAUUCGAGCUGCACUGCCCAGCAAUCCCCAAUUAAAUCCUGGCUUAACCACAGGACAAUUUAUAAUGAUUAAUUAACCUAACAACUGGUACAUCUGUGGACUGUGGGAAGAAACCAGAGCACCUGGAGGAAACCCACGCAGAAACUCUUUACAGGCAGUGCUGGAAUUGAACCCAGAGCAGCUGCACCCUGAAGCGUGCACACCACUACGCUACCAUGCUGCCCUGCCCUGCAUCCCUGGGUUGUGUUGCAUUUUAUUAAAGCAAGAAAUGCUGAGAAUACUCAGCAGGCUGUAAUAACCAUAUUUAACCCCUGCUUCUGUCCAGGGGCUACUGUGACAUCAUUUCAGUAACAUACCCCUCAACUCCACGUCUUUUGACUUAGUGAUGAAUCUAUUGCGUAAUGCCUUAACAAAGGUCCUUUUGGAAUUUCAAAUAUGUAUAUUACUAUUUAAUCAUCUCCAAAUAAUAAAAUAAUUUUCUUAAGCAUGACCUACCCUUUUGAAAUGUGUGUGGGUUAUUCCAUUGCAUAUUAAAUUGCAUGAUGUUUCUUACAUUUGGGUCAUUAACUUCCAACCACCAAUGGCAAGCUGUUUGAUAGUAAGAUACAUUUGAUAAGUUGGAAUAACCAAAUGAAACACCAUUCAUUUAAAAUAUGAAUUAAGUGCACAAUAGGACAGUUAUUGUUCUAUUGUAGAUGAUAUUUAUCAUUAUUUUCCUUUAUAGUUUUUGCUUUGGUAGGUUGGCUCUUUAAUUUCAAUAUUAACACUCCAAUUUUUAUUAAUAACAAUAGAUCUAGCCUGAUACUCAUGUGCUACAUAAUAAUUUGCCAUUUUAGUAUAAUACCAAAGUUGUAUUGCUGUUAUAAAAAUAUAUGCAAACAUUUCUAACCAAAUGGAGGCAUAGAUGUUUGUUCAUUUAUUGCUUUUUAUAUUUUGUACUUCGGGAUAUAGAGGAUCGGGGUUAGGGUGCAGCUUCAGGCAUUAAUGCCAAGAACUUUUCAUAUAGAUUUUUGCUAGGAUUUGUAUUGUUAUUGAUAGCAAUUUUCUUGUAGCCAGGUACAUGCAAGAGCACAUGCUUCCUGAAUUUUAUAUCAGUGUAAAAUGUACAGUAUAAUAUGUAAAUACCUAUGCUGAUCAACAAAAAUGUAAGUGUAUAUGGUAAAAUCCUAAGAUUUCUAAAAAUUAAGGGGUGAUGUGAAUUUUUUUGUCAUCAUUAAACUGGAUGAGUGAGCUAUGCUCUGUAUUAUCUGCAUAUUUUGUAAUUGAAGCAUAAAUCUUUGAUUCAUUUAUCCUUGUGCAGUCCAUUUUCCUGUAUAAAUUUUGACAAAUAUAUCUGUGUGACAAAAUUGUUCUGGAAUCCUAUAAAUGGCAUUUUU